UGGCAUUGUGCAAGGGGCCUUACUGCUCUCGGUCAGAGUCUUUUGUUCGCCUCCGUGGUGGUUGGACGUGGUUCUUGUGACUACGCAUCUUUUUUUGAUCGUGGGGACUGCGUACGCGCUGUUCCUGGUUUUCUUUUUACAUCAUACUACUGGGAAAUGGCGUAUGGACAUUGAUGUAUGCAGUCCAUAUAACGAAUAACUAGUCUCGAUCAUAUCUAACGAGAUGUAUAACCUUCUACUCUAUCUAAUCUUUCUGAGGUGAUCACAUGUAGGAAGAUGAAAACAUUUCAAACGAAGAGAAUGUAUAUCAAGUUUUGGAAGGAAAGACGACCAAAUUUUUACUGCUUCUAUUUAAACUUUUUUAAUCUUUUAUUUAAUACUCAUUAAUUAGGUAUUCUGCACAAUGGAUAUGCAGGAUUUUUGUCACAAGUUGCCCAAAGUGGAAUUACAUGCUCAUUUGAACGGAUCAUUAAGUUUGGACACUCUACAAAAAUUAUACAAAAUGCAACAGUCAGACGACCAGAUCUCUACAUGUGAUCAAACAUUUAUGAAUAUCAGGAAUUUAUCAUCCUUGAGCGAAUGUUUUAAAGUAUUUGAAGUAGCACAUGCAUUAACAAUUACACCACAAGCUGUAUUUGUCGCUACUUGUGAUGUAAUAAGAGACUUCUAUGAAGAUAAUGUUAUCUAUUUGGAAUUGAGGAGCACUCCUCGUGCUGUAGAGGGGUCAAUGACAAAAGAAGAUUAUCUGGAAGCUAUGAUAAAAGCUAUAGGGACAUCCAAAUCUGAAUGUCCUCGGAUCCUUGUGAAAUUAUUAGUAUCGAUCAAUCGAAAGUAUGGUUAUGAAUCUGCAAAAGAAAAUGUAAAUUUCGCGAUACAAUUUAUGAAAAAAUAUCCAGAAUAUGUUAUCGGUCUAGAUCUUAGUGGCGAUCCAACAGUGGAAGGUUCCUUUGUAGAAUUAUUAGUGAUAGCUAAGAAAGCAGGCCUUAAAAUUGCAGCUCAUUGUGCAGAGAUACCAGAUGAGAAAGAAACAAUAGAUAUCUUAAAACUUAAACCUGAUCGAUUGGGACAUUGUACUUGUAUUCAUCCUAGUUUGCAAGGUUCCGAACAAUUGUUUGAUAUGUUACUUCAAUCAAAAAUUCCUGUUGAAUUAUGCUUGACAUCAAACAUUAAAUGUAAAACAGUAUCAUCGUACGCGGUUCAUCAUUUUAAAUAUUUGUACAAAGCUGGACAUCCUAUAACUAUUGGAACUGACGACAAAGGUGUUUUUGACACAUGUCUGUCAAAUGAAUUCCAAAUAUUGAGCUCUGUCUUUAAUGUCGGGAGAGAACAACUAAAGGAAUUGUCUGUAUUAUCUGUACAAUACAGCUUUGCAAGUACGGAAGAGAAGGAAAAAUUAACAUCGAUUAUCAAGAAUUUUUUGAUUAAUAUUUGAAACUAAAUAAAUUGAUGUAAUCGUAUGAUAUAUUCACGAUUAGUAUUACGAUUAGUACAGUCUUCAUGUAUUUGCUUAUUCAUAAUUCUAUUACAAUAAAGCAGGCCUGUUCAAGUUUCACGAGCCUAUACGCGUCGUGUCUUUUGCCGAAAAUGAAACAAAAAAAAAAAGCUAAGACGGUCCCGCGCUUUAUGUGCACAUAUGUAUGG